UUUGCAGGUUAAAUGCCAGAGCACAGUGAGAAAGUUGGAGGUAGCGCCUCAGAUAUCGACGGCCGCCUGGCUUCACUAUUCGUCAUCGCGUUUAGUCCAGCGUCCUCCUGCGUAUGCAUGUAUGCGACCGACGGGCUGAUUUCAUAACGUGGGGAGGAAGAGGGGAAUGGGGCUUUGAGAACGGAUUUACACCAGACCCCGGUAGACUCUGUACGCCAGCAGCGUUAUCUUUAUUCCCGGGCCAUGCAGAAGGCGCAGUAGGGGAGAUGCGGUAGUGGUAGCGGCUGCUGAUGCUGCGGUCCGAUCAGCUGUUAUUUGCGUCUUGAGCAUCAUCGCCGUGACGGCCAGAGAGAUAGAGAUCAAGCUCCGGAGCCAGGGAAACUGCAGACCGGAUAACAGAGGAUGGAGUUCAAGCAUCUGGUGGAGGCGGCGGAGAAGUGGUGCUCCGGUAACCCGUUCGACCUCAUAUUCGCGGAGGAGGACGACGAGAGGCGGCUGGACUUUUACGCGGAGCCUGGCGUAUCUUUCUACGUGUUGUGUCCCGGCGGCACAGACAGUUUUCACGUGUGGAGCGAGAGCGAGGACUGCCUUCCCUUCCUCCAGCUGGCGCAGGACUACAUCUCCUCCUGUGGCAAGAAGACUUUGCUGGAGGUGCUGGAGAAGGUCUUCACGUCCUUCAGGCCUCUGCUGGGUCUUCCAGACAUAGAGGACGACAGCUUUGAGCAUUACCACGCUGACAUGGAGGGGGAACCUGGGCCUGACCACCAGCAGAUGGGGGUCAGCCAGCAGUGAUAAUCCCCCAAGAAGAGUCCUGAGCUAGGGCGGAUCUGCCCCAAAGCCCCAGCCCUCGACACAUUUCAGCCUGACCCUUAAUGACACACACUCAUACAUACUUACAGUCAACUUGCUAAAAAUGCACCACCAUGUUCUUGAAUGUCUCAGUGGCUUUGCUUUCCAAAGAGUGCACUUUGCUGCACUUUGUUGACCCUAACCCCACCUCCAAUUCACACACACAUAAACACACAUACACAUAUACUUUGGGGCUACAUGACCAGUAGCCAUGUACAAUGCAAGUAUCAUAAUCAUUCACUAUUUGGUUAGUUAAAGUUCCACAGCGCAGCAAUAUUACAUCGGCCACAGCUGGCUUUGUUAUGCAGAAAUACAGUCAGAUGUUAGCGCAAUACCUCCCCCUCCCCCCCUUCUAUGGAGAUGCAUGUGGCAGAUAGCCUACUUUCUCUGACUGUCUGUUGACGCAGAGCCAGAUGAGAGGCGAAUGAGUAUAAAGUGACUAUGGACAUGUGAGGUGACGAGGGGUGGCAAGAAAAGGCGAGGCGGGACGGAGUUCUAGCAAGUGUCAUUUACCACUUCAUGGACGUAAAGAGGGAGUAAUGAGGACUGUGGCGCAGCUGGGGUGGCUCUCAGCCUGUCCUGUGUUAGACAUACAUUUGAAAUAGUCAUAUAGGUUACAGUCAAGAGCAUUUUACAGAGUCGCUCCUUAUGUGGAAAUCAAAGUGUGCAGCUUAACAGUAGCAUGGAUCAUAUUUUCCUGAGAUGUGUUUGUUAAUGUUUGCAAGGAUGUACACCUCAAAGAGUUAAAAGUCACUUUACGAGGAUGUUUUAAUCAAUGUUAUCACAUGACCAUUAUGACAAAGGCCCAUGCUGCAGCUUAUGUCCUUCCUCGUUUGGUGGGUGGGUCAUUGUCACAUGACACUCUAAUUUCUUGUAGUCUUCCUGGUCGUUGGUGGUUCACAGCUUUGCCCUUAUUUCUCAGCACGAUCCAAGGAGACCUUUCUAAAGCUUGCCAGUAUCUCUUUUACGCGUGUUGUUUUGAAUUUGCCGUCUCAUUUAGAAGUUUCUCCUGAUACUAAAUUUAACAAGGGUGCUCCCAAACCCUUGAGUGAUAUCACAGGGAGGAGAACAUAUUUGGUGUUAGACCCCCCCCCCCCCCCCCCACCCCCCACCUGCCCUGUUAUUUCUAAUCUCAGUGUGUUGUUGUGUCACAUCCAGCGCACUGCAAUGCUUCAGGCCUCCAGCCACUAGAUCCACAUGCAAGAUUCUAUCAGAUCUUUCAACCUUUUACUUUGGCUUGUAAACGUUUGUCUUUUUAUUGCCUAUUUGAAUGUUUCUCAUGCAGUGUUUCUUCUGUUUGUCCUCUGAUGUGUGUGAAAUCGGUCAAUAAACCGUGUGAACGGAUUGUUCCACA